UCUCCUGGACGGAGAAAAUUCCUGCCCCUGCCAUUGGACAAAAAUGAGGAAAUUAGCUGCGGGGAAGCAGUGAAAGGGGGCAGCCAGGUAAUUCUCUGAUGUGACGGCUGAGACAUGAGAUCUUCAGCCUCCAGGCUCUCCAGUUUUUCGUCGAGAGAUUCACUAUGGAAUCGGAUGCCGGACCAGAUCUCCGUCUCCGAGUUCAUCACCGAGACCACCGAGGACUACAACUCGCCCACCACGUCCAGCUUCACCACGCGGCUGCACAACUGCAGGAACACCGUCACGCUGCUGGAGGAGGUAGGUCGGGGCCGGCGCGCCCCACCGGGGACCCCGGCCCGUUCGCCGGGACGCCUCGAUGCCCUCGCUCGCAGCCUCUGCCUCGCAGUUGAAUUGUCUGCAUUUCUGAGCGGGGAGGAAAAGGAU